UAUUUUUCUCAAAGACGUAUUUCGUGACUUUAUGUGGUUCCUGGCUUAGCAGCUAAAGAGACGAGCACUUUGAUUGCUCAACAAGAACUUGCUCGCUCUUUAACUCUUCCAUGGCAUCUGCACUUUGGAGCUCACCUUCUCCUUCUUCGCUCUAUGAGAAUCAGCUGACCAAUCUUGUCCCAGCACACAAAGUUCGCCCCCGAGACCAUGGCACCACCCAUCAUCAUCAUCCUCCAGCUACUAAGUUCCGACUGGUGAAAGCUCAGCACCACGCACCGCACGUCUUGUUCAUCCACCCGUUAGACUUAAAUUCAAAAGUUUCCUUGGAAUUUUUGCCCGUCCAGGCUGCGAAAGGCGAUGGGCGCACGAAACCAAAGAGCAUGAUUUGCAGCGACUGCGACGGAAAUGGUGCAGUCUUGUGUUCUCAAUGCAAAGGCAGCGGUGUGAACUCUGAAGAUCUCUUCAAUGGACAGUUCAAAGCCGGCGACUCUUGCUGGCUUUGUGGGUAAGAGGCAGGAAGCACAUGCUGUGCGGAAACUGUAACGGCGCGGGGUUCAUCGGAGGUUUCAUGAGCACUUACGACGAGUGAAACUGGUCGAGUUGAGGCCGCAGGUGGUGAACGAUGGUACAUCUGCAAAGCUCUUUCAGGCUCAAGAUCAAAAAGCUGAUUCAAGGCGUCACUAGGAUUGAUCUUUCAUAGCAAUGUGUGGCUACUCGUUUUCGGUUUUUGGGUUCAAAUGUGUAGAUUUAGCUGGUUUUGUUC